AUGGAUUCUUCUAAGGGGGAGAGCAAUUUUGUGGGAAGUAAUCUCAAAAGAAAAUCCCAAUACAAUGAAUCCAUGCAAGUGAAGAAAAGUGGUAAAAAUGAUAUACCAUCUUCUUCUUCUCUAAGGUAUGGUUCUUAUGAAGAUGAACCAGACUCAUACAUGGCUGCUGCAUAUUCAGAAACCUUGAAUUCGGCUCAAGCAGUGAGUCUGUGCAAUGAGAAUGGCUCAGUAGAGAACUUGGUUUUGCUUGAAGUUACGAAGAAUUCAGCCAUUGAAGGCUGUCAUGAGCCCAUGAAUGGUAAAGCUGAGAUUGGGAGUUUGAGUAAGAAGAAAGAGAAACAUUACAGAGGAGUAAGGAGAAGGCCAUCGGGGAAAUAUGCAGCUGAAAUCAGAGAUCCAAGAAGAGGAGGAAUGAAAUAUGUUAUUCAGCUCUUUGUUUCUAUUUAUCAAUCUAGUUUCACUCUCAUCUGA